AUGAGCGAAACCAACGUAUCUGAAGCCUCUUCGGCCUUUUCGAGAUUCCAUCUGCCCCCGUCGCAUCCGCAGCUCAUCUCCAAGAUUCCCAAGAUUCUCCCACACGAGCGCGUUUUUCCGAUUCAGAUAGGAUCGGAGCUCUUUAAGCUCUCUGGUGCUUCACUCUCGUCAGACGCGCCCUCAUACUUCUCGCAAUAUUUCUUGUGCCAGAUCAAAACUGCCGAGGAGAAUGGCGAGGAAGUCUGCAGUGCCAUCAGGACACUCUACAUUGAUCGGGAUCCAGAGACAUUCAAGGACAUCUCCUUGCACCUCCAAGGCUACCAUGUUGCACCACGCAGUGGCACCCAUUUCGUGCGUCUCUUUGCAGACGCGCAGUUUUACACGCUGCCCAAGCUAAUGUCCCAACUUUACGAGGAGAGUAUAUUCAUGUCCAUUGGUCAUCGGGAAUUCCAGAUCCCGCGUGAUCUGUUCCAAGGACCCGGUAAUAGCCCAAACUUUUUCUCGCUUGGCUAUGCCAUCUUCUUCUCGACGCCCGAGGAGAUCUUUCCCGGUCUCAACCGCGAGGGUUUGAUCCGGCCACCAUCCAUCCAGCCGCCGGCCGUUAGAAACCGCUCAGCAGACAUCUUUGCAGAUCUCGUGAAUCUGCUCAAGGGGUAUCCCGUACACAUACGCAACGAGGAGCACCGCGCAAGCCUACUCCGAGACUGUCGUUACUUCAACUUCAAGGGUCUAGAACAGCGGCUCAUACCCCACCACAUUAGCUUCAACCAGGCGAGGCACCGCAGCGAGAUUGUGCUGCGCAUCCAGGAUAUUCUCAAGUCCGGCAUCUCCUUUGCGCCGGAUCCGGUCUCAACGCCAAUGCACCAUGGCGGCGAUGCAGCAGCAGCCGCCGCCACGGUCUCGGGCUGGAUCAACUAUGCGAGGCCGUUUGUGGAUGACGCGCCGCACGAGCUGAUUCUAGAAAUCGGCGUGGAGAACACCAAGAUCCACACGCACAUUAUGCGCGCCGAGUUCUUUGGCCAGAUCAAGGCCCGCAUCGCCAAGCUCUUCGAGGUCAUUGCCGCCAAGCUGAACCUGCCGCCCACCACGCAGCCGCUGGGCCUGCUCAUGGCCCGGGGCGGCGCCGGCAGCCAGCCCCCGACCCCGGGCCACACGGCUCUGAGCGAGGACCUGGUCCGCAUCGCCAUUGAGCCCGAUGCGUACAUUGAGCUCGACGGCAGCGUCUUCCCCACCCACACCGCUGACGCAGACGAAAUGCCCCCGGCGCCGUUUUCCUCGCAUUCGUCCAUGGGUCGUGGUAUGAGCGAGUCCGACAGUCCCGCGUCCAGCAUGAGCGGUCUGUUUGGGAAUCCGCGAAAGCGGAGGAGGCUCGACAUUACUCCCGCGGGACAGGCGGCCCCCACCGCAUCUUCAGGGGAGUGGGUGAUUAAAAAGGGCCAGUGGAGGCUCAAGAUACAAGCAUCGCAAGGAGGCAAGAGUGCAGUCGAAUGUGUGCUUGUCGCCGUGAGACUCGAGGCAUACAGCAGUGAGCAGGACAGGAACGCGCAGAGAGGCUUCUUGAGCUGA